GUAGGUAUUGCGCAUGCCCUCUCCUGACUUGGGUGUGGCGCGCGCGACAGCCUGCCUGGGCUGCAGAAGGAGGCGAUGCGCCUUUUAAGAAGUGCGAAACCUCAACAGGUGGUUGGAGCUCCGUGAAGGCGAGGUAAAAACGUCACAACUCAAUUUCCACUAUGUCACCCAGACCUUUUGAAAGUCCUCCACCCUAUCGACCAGAUGAAUUCAUACCUUCACACCAUUUACCAAGCAACAAUACAUUUGGUGGUGAAUUCCAUUCUCAGCUUAUGCACUCUCAACCAGCGUAUUCUUAUUAUCCGGAAGAUGAAGUGCAACGUUUCUACAAAUGGUCCUCCCCACCAGGAAUAAUCAAGAUCAUGUCAAUUCUCAUACUAGUCAUGUCUAUUGGGGUCUUUGCUUGUGUUGCUUCUACUCUGGCUUGGGAUAUGGACAUGUAUGGAGGUCUACUAGGAACUGGUGUGGGGUACUCUGGCUAUGGAGGUUUUGGAAAUAACUAUGGUGGAUACGUUGGCAGCAGUGGUUUUGGAAGUUAUGGUAGCUAUAAUAGUGCAUAUGGCCUUGGAGGAAAUAAUAUUGAUUCACGAGCUGCAAAAGGCUUUAUACUUGCAAUGACAGCUUUUUGCUUUAUUGCUGGAUUGCUGGUUUUUGUGAUUGGUGUUACAAAGACUAAGAUGGCCAGGACAAGGAAAUAUUAUCUCUUUGUGAUAAUAACAAGCUCUAUAUUGCUCUUCUUGAUGUUCAUUGCUACAAUCGUGUAUAUACUAGCAGUCAACCCAACUGCACAAGCUUCUGGAUCAGCAUCGUACUAUCAAAUCUAUAUGUUGUGCAACCAGUUUUAUACAACCACAGUUACUGGACUCUACAUGAAUCAAUACUUAUAUCACUACUGUGUGGUGGAACCUCAGGAGGCUAUUGCUAUUGUAUUAGGCUUCCUGAUUGCUGCAGCUUUGGCUAUAAUAAUAUUUUUCGCAGUAAAGACCCGAAGUAAAAUAGGUUACUAUGGUAAAAUAAGUAUACUCUGGGAUAACACAAAAGGGUUUGAUGAAUCUCCUAAUGUAGAAGAAUGGAUUAAGAAUGUAAGUGCAGGGCCAGAGGCAGCUACCCCAGGGGCUGACUAUCCAGAUCGAAUUGCCAGUUCUAUGGGAUACUCAGUUUCUGAUGCUCCUGCACAUCAGAUUCGCAACGACAACUACACAGCUAGUCCGGUACCUGAAGUUGUUGCUCCCUUGACAAAAGACCAAAAACAGUCCCAGUAUGUGAACACCAGCAGUUACAAUGGGUCAGCUAAGGAUCCCCCACAUAGAAAGAAAAGAGGAAGAACAAGAAGAGCCACCAGUGAUAAUUAUGAUGCUGAUUAUACCACAGGUGGCGAAUCUUGUGAUGAACUGGAUGAGAACUGGGACAGAGAGUAUCCACCUGUAUCAUCAGACCAGCAAAGACAAGCGUACAAGCGAGAUUUUGAUGCAGAAUUACAAGAAUACAAACGACUGCAAGCAGAACUUGAUGAGAUCAGUAAAGAACUCUCUCGUCUUGACAAAGAGCUGGAUGAUUACAUUGAAGGCAGUGAAGAAUAUAAGGCUGCAGCUGAUGAAUUCAACAGAUUGAAGGAUAUCAAAUCAUCCGUAGAUUAUAAGAACCGAAAAGCACACUGCAAGAUGCUGAAGAGUAAACUCUCUCAUAUCAAAAGGAUGGUCAGUGACUAUGACAGUCGGAAGUCAUAACAAGAAGGAAAUAAAUCAGUCUGCAUAAGAAUGCUAAUUUUCAUUAAAGCUGGGAUACCUUUGUGUUGGACUAUAGUGGGAGAGAUCCUUUGUAUACUUUUAUAUACUUUUAUAUACAAUAAUAUUUGUGCCAUGUUUACCAUGAAAUAAGAAUUCAGUAUAUGGGAUCUUUUAUAGUUUUACUGAGUCAAGGAAUUUUGACGACCUAUGUUUUCAGAAUUAACAGUGAACAUGUUGCGCUUUUGCUUUUCUUGUCUUUGCCAAUUCAUUCCAUUUUUCUCAGCAUAUUGCAAUCUUAAUUUUAGAAAUAUUUAAUAAAUGUUUUUCAUUACAUCUUAUAGAAUUUAAACUAUGUCCUUUAUCUGAAACUCCUGUCUUCCUCUGUUAUUCUUAAUCAAUUUUAUAUAUCUAGACCACUUGUAAAUAAAAAAAAACUAGCAGGCUUUACUUUUAAAUGGCAUCUAAAUGGGCCCGUUGUUGAUAAGCCAGUAUAAUAUAUUUUUAUUGACAAUGUGAAACUGAACGUAAAUUUAUUCUGUUAAAAUCUCACCUUGUAUUUUAAGUAUCAUUUUAUUACAGAAAUAUAAUUUUAGUACUAGCGUAUUUGACUUAACUGUCCAAUUUGUAAUUGUUAUGAAAAUGCCUGUAUGUUAUAUUUGACAAUAUAAGCAGCUACAAUUCUAUAUGGGGUUUAUUUCUGAUAUUGUCGGCACAAUUAACUGAUAUUUUUAAAUUGCCAAAAAAUCUAGACUGUUCUGUAAAGACAGAUCAUAUUAUGGCCAAAUGACGAAACAGAAGUAAAAGCAAAUGUAUUCACAUUAUAAGUAGUCCUUGUGUAACAAACAUUCAUUUAACAACUGUUUGAAGUUACAGUGGUGCUGAACAAAUGGUACUUUUAACCAGUCCUUCAAGUUCUGGUUGUCCCAACACCCCUAUAGUCGUGUGAUUGCAAUCUGAGUGGUUGCCAACUGGCUCACAUUUAAAUGGUUGCAGUAUCUUGCAGUCAUGGGAUCGCCAUUUGAAACCUUCCCUGCCAGCUUCCCAAAAGCAAAAUCAAUGAGGAAGCCAACAAAUAGGUUACAAGUUCCUCUGGUAAGUUGCUCACGUCCUCCCACACUGGGCAGCAGCUACCCCCUGGCCCUGCCAUGUUCACAGCAUACGCCCUCUCUGUCUGCUUGAGAACUGUCUGGGACUUGCUUAAUGAUUCUUCUUCCCCGCUUAACAACACCCAAUGAGGAGUGAUGUGGUCACAUGGCAUCGCUCUUUACAACCUCAUUAGUUAGCAAUGGAAAUUCUGGUUACCAUUGUUAAUCCAUGACUACCUGUAAUAUAUUUAGUGUUAUAAUGUAAUAAUAAUAUUGAUAAGCUAAAAUAUAUUAAAUAAUAUAAAUUUUAUUAUGAAAUCAAGUACUAUAAAAUAAGAGAAACUAACUUUUAUACAGCUAAUACUCUGUUAGUUUUAAAUAUGGCCACUCUUUUGACAAUUAUCUCUGGUGAUGAUUGAGUGUUGGUGCUGCUAUUGAACCCUGCUGGUGAUGGAAAAAUUCUAAGCACUGAAUUGAAAAAAACAGAUGCAUUCAUUUUGGAGAAUAAAAGGAAUACAUGCCAUACAAUUAGCAGAGGUAUAUGAUGAAUCUAAACUAUUGGAUUGCAAACAAGUUUGAUUGUAGAACCAUAGAGUUGGAAAGGACGCCAGAAGUUAUGCAGUCCAAGAAUCUGUUGGACUCUGUUGCAGGGUCUGUUGAACCAUGUUUUAAAAGAUUCAUUGAGACCAGUAGGAUUCAGUCAUGACUAAUAAAUCCCACACAUCGAAAUGUAACUAAGUUUAGAUCCAUCUACUGUACAUUUAUGUAAGGAUUGUAAUAUAUUUUUUUAAAAAAUCACUUUUUCUUAACAAUGGAAAUUGUGUUUAAAAAUAUGUGACUAGAAUGCAAUACCUACAUAUUGAAAGACUGGAUUUCAUUUUGUAAUUUGUGAUAACAGUGUCAAUAAAAUUCAACUUUGUCAAUAUAUAAA